UCAAGAACGGACAAAUACGUGGUGCAGAAAGUCCCUGGAGGAAGUACACUGAGUGGAUUCAGCAGGAACUACAGUGGCUACAGCUUCAGAAAAGGGCGUACCUUUUGGAGAGAGGUGCAGAAAAGAGGAAAUUAAAGGACCAAAUAACAAAGGCUUGAGAUAGUCACUGAAGCAAACACAAGGAAAAAGAACUUGAGAAAAUAAGAAGGGAGAAAAAACUUUAUCUUGUCUUGAAACACAGGGAGAGAAAAUAUAAAAAAGGACUGCGUGGUUGCACCAUGGCAUCUUUUGGACUUGAGCUGGCCGGCAUCACCCUGGCAGUGUUGGGGUGGGCUCUCACUGUGACCAGCUGUGCCCUUCCAAUGUGGAGGGUCUCGGCCUUUAUUGGCGCCAACAUCGUCACUGCUCAGGUGUACUGGGAGGGUCUGUGGAUGAGCUGUGUGGUCCAGAGCACGGGCCAGAUGCAAUGUAAAAUCUACGACUCGAUGCUGGCUUUACCUCAGGACCUCCAGGCUGCCAGGGCACUCACAGUUGUUGCCAUCCUAGUGGGGUUGAUUGCUCUCCUCAUUGCCAUGGUGGGAGCCAAGUGCACCAACUGCAUCGAGGAGGAUGGGGUUAAAGCCAAGGUGAUGAUCUCUUCUGGAGUGGCGUUCAUCAUAGCAGGUCUGGCUCAACUAGUGCCUGUUUCCUGGUCAGCAAACACCAUUGUUGUCGAGUUCUACAGUCCAAUCGUCCCUGCUGGGCAGAAGAUGGAGAUCGGGGCAUCACUGUAUGUGGGAUGGGCUGCCUCAGCCCUGCUGGUCACUGGGGGAGCUAUCCUCUGCUGCAGUUGCCCUCCAAAGGAAGACAAACCACUGAAGUAUAACAUACAGCCCCAGAGUCGUGCAGCGUACUCAGCCGCUCCGAUGUCGGCAGCUCAAAGCUCCUAUACUAGAAGGGACUAUGUGUGAGUGGAAAAGGACAAAAACUAAAGAGGAUUGGAGGGGAUUGCAUGCUAUUUUUAUAAAAAUGUAGUUAAACAGAUACAAAUGUUAUGGUGUACGGAAAUCUAUCAAUAUUUAGGAUGACCAG